AUGGCUUCUCAUCAACAAAGCCAGCUUCACUUUCUCUUGUUGCCCUUUCCGGCCUCAGGCCACUUGAUCCCAAUGACAGACAUUGGCAGACUGUUGGCACAACAAGGGAUCCUUGUCACCCUAGUCACCACCCCACAUAAUGCAGCACGUGUUGAAGCAGUCGUUACUCGAGCCGUAGAAUCCGGGCUCCAAAUCCGGUUAAUCCAACUGAAAUUUCCAAGUGAAGAAGCAGGAUUGCCUGAUGGUUGCGAGAACCCUGAAAUGCUACCUUCACAAGACCUGAUCUUGAAUUUUUUUGCAGCAACUGCCCUGCUUCAACAGCCGGUAGAGAAACUGUUUGAAGAGCUUAUCCCGAAGCCAAACUGCAUAAUCUCAGACAUGUGUCUUCCAUGGACAGCCAGCAUUGCCAGCAAGUUUCACAUUCCAAGGAUAUCUUUCAGUGGAACAUGCUGCUUCUGUCUCUUGUUCAUUCACAAUUUGCGCGUAUCCAAAGUUCUUGAGAAUGUGACAUCCGAAUCAGAGUACCUUGUUGUACCUGACUUGCCUGAUCAAAUUGAGAUAACGAAAGCCCAGGUUUCUGGGAGGCUGACAACAAGAGUGAAAGGUUUUACUGAGAAAGUGGCAGCAGCUGAGAUGGAGUCAUAUGGGAUGAUCGUUAAUACUUUUGAGGAAUUGGAGCCAGAAUAUGUUAAAGAAUACAGGAAUGCAAGAAAGAAUAAGUCUGGUGCAUUGGCCCUGCUUCACUAUGCAACAAAGAUGACUUGGACAAGGCACAAAGGGGUAACAAGGCCUCAAUUGAUGAACAUCACUGCUUGA